GCCCGGGGGGGAGGGCGGAGGAGGCUGCAGACUGCUGCGGCACUGUCCACGUUCUUCUGCUCACCGGUCAGCACGAGUCUGAAUAUCAGAUGUCCCUCCCGGGUGAAGGGGCCGAUUGCUUAUCAGAACUGCGGGCGCAGGUGCACGCGCGCGCCCCGCGGCCAGCCGCCGGCCAAGGCGGUGUAUUCUGCUUGCACGGGUCCCUUUGGGGUCGAUCCCGGCCUGCAAACCUGGGGGUCCCCUUGGCCUCGGGCCUGUGUCCCCUUCUCAGGACCCUCCCAAGGCCGGAGCCGGCCCGACCAGGAGGGACAAGGCAGAGCCGGGGCCCGGGGUCACCCGAGGUGACCAGGGCAGCCCCUCGCCGCCGGGCGCGCUGCCCUAAGAACACAGGGCUCAAUCAUGUGACGGGGGAGAUAAGAAGCCUGCGGAACCCCGACGGGUGCCCACCGCGCCUGGGGGUCAGCGGCGACGGACCGGGGCUGGCGAGGCUCCGACCCGCGUUCCCGGGGGCCGGAGCGUCGGGCGCGCUGGGCGGACGCCCGGGAGGGCGGCUCUCGGCGGUGGGCGCACGGUACUGGCCGUGGGAGCAGCCGUCGGGGCGGUGUCCGGCCGCGGCCAGCCUCGCCCGCUCGUGCCCGCGCGCCUGAGCCGCGUCGGCCCGGAUGUCCUCUUCGACACGCGGAGCCUCGCCACGCCUGGCCAUGGGCUCGGUGGCUGUCCGCUUUUUAAUGCCUUUCACUCGCCCACUUUUCCCACGUCGCUCCGCUCAGAAAGUGCUAGGCCCCAACGCGACCCUGAAGCGGACACCGCCCGAGCGCGCAUGCGCUUCUGACUUGGCGCGGCGCGGGGGAACCACGUGACUCGUCGCCAUCUUCCUUCCUGGCGGCGGUGUCCGCGCCCCACUGCGCAGGCGCGGGCGCAGGCGCAGGCGCGCGCGAAGGCUGGUUGCAGGGCGUGCGCACCGCUUCUCUGCAGGUCGCCCGCGGCAUGGCCGCCGCGCUCGUGAGGACCCUGGCGGCCGCGGCCCUGCGCCCCCUGCUGCAGCCGCGCGGCCUGUGCGCCGGCCUGCUGGGCCCCCUGCGCGCCGCGGGCCCCGCCGCGCUGCCCGCGCCGCCGCCCGCGCUGGGCUUCAAGACCAAGGGCGUGCUGCGCCGGCGCUGCCGGGACUGCCGCCUGGUGAAGCGGCGCGGCCGCUGGUUCGUGUACUGCGAGAGCAACCCGCGCCACAAGCAGCGGCAGAUGUAGGCCCGACCCCAAUAAAGCCCGCGCUGUGCAGCGUCCGCCCGCGUCCGCGUCCGCGCCCGCGCCGGUCAGCCCGGGCCCGGGAGCAGCGGGGGCGGCCCCGGAGAGCCCUCUGCGCGCCCCGGGAGUGGGUUCCGGGCUCUGGCGCCCACGGUUGCCGCGCGGGACCCCGAGGGCGUGUUCGGUGGGAGAGGCCGUUGCCGGGGUGGGCUCCGUGGACGAGUGGGCGGCAGGGCAGGCGGUGGUCACCCGGGGCCCUCGGGGGGACCUGGUGCGCCCCGGGGCGGCCGCGCUUCCUGCCGCGUCGGCAUCCCACGUGGGUGCUGCUCUGGGACAGCAGCGGUGAUGGCCCGGGUGCCCGCGCCCCUGCACCUGUGUGGGAGACCCGGAAGAAGCUCCUGGCUCCUGGCUCCGCAGCCAUUUGGGGGUGAACCGGCGGAUGGAAGAUCUCUCUAACGGUGCCUUAAAAGAAGAAAAGGAAACAGCGUGGAGGACGUGUGCAGGCGCGCACCGCACAGCGGCCACUUCGGCCGGGAAGGGCCCCGGCGUCAAAGUGGACAGGGCGCGGGGAGUCCCGGUCAGCUGUCCGCGGGAGUCUCGGCGCACCGCAGCCUGGGGCGCGGGUUCGGGGCAGGGGCCCCACCGCGACGCGGCCUCCGGGAGUGGAGGCACCAGGACUGCGGGCCGAGCCGGGGCCGCGGUGCCUCCCCGUCAGGACUGCCCGCCGUGGGACGGGUGGACGUGCCGCCCUGGGGCUCUGGGGCAGGGACGCCCCGGUGCUGUGCAGCCUGCGCGCCCUCGCGUUCUGCCGGAACCUCCCAGUAAAGUUGUUUCUCUAAA